AUGACUCCACAGGGAUCUCCCCACGCCAACUUGCCUCCUGGAAAAGACCUCCUGCACACCUCUCCUGAGGAGGAGAAGCAGAAACAUAAGAAGAAGCAUCUGGUGCAGAGUCCAAACUCACAUUUCAUGGACGUAAAGUGCCCGGGGUGCUGUAAAAUCACCACUGUUUUCAGCCACAUGCAAACAGUGGUUCUCUGUGUCAGAUGCGCCACUGUACUCUGUCAGCCUACUGGAGGCAAGGCAAGACUUACAGAAGCAUGCUCCUUCAGAUGGAAGCAGCACCAAUGA